GCAGCCAUGUACGGCGGAGGUGUGUUUCUCCUUCAAACAACGAAUUCGCCGGACCCUCUGGUUUCUCCGACGAGAAGAAAUCUCACCAUGUUCCCCUCCCAUCGCUCUCUAACGAUCAGGUGAACAGAUCGGUAUAUGGAUCGGUGUGUGGAUCGGGUUCUGUUUCAAGCGUUAGCUCGUCUGGAUCGGGGUGAAGAUCAUGUGAUCAUCUAAUUGGAGUCAGGUUCCUAGGUUCGAUUCAGGAAACGCAUGAUGUCUACAAGAAACAGCAGAUGGGAGAGCUAGCAUGGCGAUUAUAACUUAAUGUCUCAAGCAACUAAAUCAGUAAUGGAUUCUCCAAAUCCAUUUACUCAGUCUUCCGGGUUCCUGGAUCUUUUAACUAGCCAACAGUGUGAUCCUGUCUCACAAAACGUAGCUUUUGGAUCUUCAGAAGUUCCUUUUUUAAGUUCCCAGUUCACUAAUGAUCCAACUGAAGCUGAAGAGACAACUGAAGACAGAAGAGGCAGAAAGAAGUGGUCACGGAAGGAAGAUGUGGUGCUCAUAAGUGCUUGGCUUAACACAAGCAAAGAUCCGGUCACCGGGAAUGAGCAAAAGGCUGGCUCCUUUUGGAAAAGAAUCGGAGCUUACUUCAACGCAAGUCCUCAGCUUGUUGGUAUGGCAGAUAGAGAGGUUGGCAACUGUAAGCAAAGGUGGUCCAAGAUCAGUGACCAAGUCUCCAAGUUUGUUGGCUCCUUACGUGCUGCAACAAGUCAGCAGUCAAGCGGGCAGAAUGACAAUGAUGUAAUGAAGCUUGCUAAUGAAAUCUAUCAUCAUGAUUACCGUGCCAAGUUCACACUAGAGCAUUGCUGGAGGGAGCUAAAAUAUGAACAGAAGUGGCUGGCAACUUUCGGGACUGAUAACAGCAAGUCAAAAAGAAGGAAGUUUGAAGAUGGUUCUCAAGCUUCUGUCCAGUCAAAGUCGAGCCAUGUAGAUGAAGAAGAGGCUCGUCCUGAAGGUGUGAAGAAGGCAAAGUCGAGGUUGAAGGCGCAACUGAGUGCCAAACAGAUGGAAGCUACCAGCAGCAACACUGUGGAGAAGUUGCAAGGUAUGUUGGAGAUAAGGAAGCAGGAUCAUGAACUGAAGAUGCAGGAUCAUGAACUGAAGAAGCAAGACUUUGAAAUGAAGGACAAGCUUAAUAAGCAACAUAUGUUGGAGGCUCUCCUUGCUAACAAAGAGCAUCUUAGUGAGACUGAAGUGGCUUUAAAGAACAAACUAAUAAUUGAUAUGUUAUCUUAAGUGAUAGAGUCAGUCUUUGGUUUCAGUCUUUGGUGUCAGUUUGUUGAGUCAGUUUGUUUAUGUAUUUGUCUUUGGUGUCAGUUUGUUUCUGUUUUUGUUUUUGGAGUCAGUUUGUUUCUUUUGCUAUCUAAUCUAAUCUUAUGGGCUUUCUCUUAUUA